UUAAGUGGUUUUGCGACCAGGUCGUGGUCCCUUGACCACGUGACGUGUAAAAAUAGCUUUCAAAACGACGUAUCAGUCGCACCUCGAUCGCUGCUCUUGCUGCGUUUGCGCAAAUGGUAUUGAUUCUUUGACACAGCUCAUGCCGACUUUUCCUUCGCAAAAAAUGUUAAUCUCCAAUAUCCCUAGCCUUGUAGAGGGCCCACGAUGUAGUUCCGUGGAAUUCUAGUUUGCUUUGAAUCCUCGUAAGAAGCAAGAAGUUUUUACAGCGUGGGUUCCUGCUUCCUAUAGCUCGAUACCAUGUCCGCGAACCAGGGCGCGCGGUCGCGGCUCGGCGCGUCUCUCCGGGCCAUGACCGGCGGGGGUCAGAAGGCCGCGUCGAGUUCAGCCGCGGGGAGUAGUGAUCAUGCCGCGAAGGAGGUCGAGAUUGUGAAAUUGGUGCCACCGCAGCGACUGGAAGAUCUCUACCAGUACGAUGUAAAAUUGUACGACGCAGGUAUAAAAAUGAUGAUAUUUUGGUGUGACAGUGACUCAGGUCAUCAUCCUUGUCAUGAUGCAGUGGAGGAACCAACUACAAGCAUGACAAGCAUUCUCUCUCAAUGCCCUCCCGCAUGACAAAUUCCUUAGGUGACCGCAGCAAAGUUUUCGCGGCCAAAGAGCGGGCGACGGGCAAGGACGUGAUCGUGAAAAUCAGGAAGAUAUGCACGGCAAAUAUCUCUGGGUCUGGAAAGAUUCACCUGAUUUGUGUUGCUGAGUUUUGCAUGAAAGAGCGAUGUUCUGCACGGUAUAAACGCAUCACAAAUUUUCCGUCCGGUAUUGCGAGCUCCACCGCGGUGUGCAUGACAAACUGAGAUUCACUGCAUGACAAGAAGUUGGCCAAUCGCAUUGAUGUAUUACAGAUCUCGUUGGGUUUUCAAUUUUGCAUCACAAAUUCAGACCCAGACAGGUUUGUAAUGCAUAAAAGAAAGGUUUCUUUUCCGGCGGGGAACGGGUCUGGCGGUCGGUGCUGACGAGGAUGAUGAACAUAUGCAGUGCAAAAGUAUCGUACUCGUAUCAAUACAUCACAAAUUUUAUUCUCAGCAUGAAAAAUAAAAUUUGUAAUGCUGAUCUACCUCAAGAAAAAGAUUUGUAAUGCAUGACUGCAAUCAGUACGAGUGCGAUGCUUUUGCACAGCAUAGAACAUUGAGGAGAACGAAAAUGUUCUAGGGAUUGACACCAUUCUAGAGGACGACAAAGGUAUUGUCAUUAACAUUAAGUCUUGAAAAUGAUAUAAUACGAGUCUUUUCACAUGCACUUUCGCGAAGCUUGCUUGCAUGUCUUUGUCCGACCGAUGCCGAUGCUAUUGGAACAAGUCGAGUGCUAGUAUACUUGCAUCAAAGAAGGAGUGUCAGUUUUAUGUUUAUCAUGCACACAACGCACUAAAAUGAUUAUUCCCAGCCUACUACGUGAUCAUGCAGAAGUGCGGCGGCGGCGAGCUUUUCGACUUCCUCUUAAACGAGACAGACGUCCCGGAGCGGGAGUGUAAACGGAUCAUGCGGGAAAUCCUGAAAGCGGUGGACCACCUGCACAGCAAGGGGUUGAUCCACCGCGAUAUCAAACCGGAAAACGUUUUGUUUGAGAAGGCAAAGGAGGAGCAACAGUCCCCGGAAGAGCAGCGGAAGUUGAAAUUGAUCGAUUUUGACACCUGUGCAUUGCAAAAGUAUCGUAUUCUAGGAUGAAUUGCAUCACAAAUUUUCUGAAGAAGAAAUAUGCAACUUGUCAUGCUACUUCGGGUAGAAAGUCGAAUUUGUCAUGCAAUUGCCCUACGAGUGCGAUACUUUUGCAGUGGAUAACCACUGCCAGGACUGGACACCGAAAUCGCCGAAGGCGCAAAGAAUCGUCGGGACACCGGGGUACAUCGCGCCGGAGAGCUUUCGCGGGGACUACACGCCAAGUAGCGAUCUGUGGUCCGUGGGCGUGAUUCUGUACAUUCUGAUGACAGGGGACAUGCCGUUUCCGGAAGACGUAUCUUAGACGAUUCUGUUGUGUGUUUUGUGAUUGUGACGCAUGAUUGUCCACUCGUGCUGUGGUCCUGUUCGAUGCAAAUUUUCACUGCUUAAAAAUAAUGAACACAGGUGUUCGGCGACGAUAUUGCGGGCAACAAUCAGGUCGGCGGCGCAAAAAUGGAGCAGAUCUACAAGCGGCUGAAAACUUUCCAGAUUGACUUCGACUGCCCGCCGUGGCCGGAUUUCCCGCAGGCCCGGGACCUGUGCUCCCAGUUGCUGGCGUUUGACCCGGGUGACCGGAGCCCGAGUGCCGCGGACGCACUGCAGCAUCCGUGGCUGAAGGAAUGAUAACGAAUGUUGUACGUCGUAAAUAUCAAGAUUAUGAUCUGUUUCACCAGUGAUAAAGCAGUAAGUAGUAGAGUGUAAAUGUAAAAUUCGAAGACAAGAACGAUUUCAAGCAUAGUAUCUCGAUGGACGAAAAAGACAACGAGUACAACUGUUCCAUGUUGUGCUAUCACGAAGAAGAAUGAAACUUAGGAAUGUGCAAGAUUAGGAAACAAAAAUGAUCUUGUUUGAGGAAUAGCUUUGCUACCUCAAAGUGUAAAAAGAGAAAGUGAACACGUAUUGUUAUCAUGGAG